AUGGAACAUAUUCACAAUGCAUCAGGUAAAAAGGCUAGAGCUAGAAGAAUGUUGCUUUUGAAAGAAAAUCGGUCUAAACGUCAAAAAUUUAGUCCUCAACAAAUAGUAAGUGGGCAGACUGUGAUUAAUAAUCCUACCUUCCACACUCCGAGACAACCUUUUUCCGACCUUACUCAAGCAUUCCAAAAUAUUAUUACAAGAACACCAGUUGAUCAACAUUCUAUUAGUCUAAAUGUCAGCGAGGCAGGGACAGAACCUAGCCUAUCAAUACACGGUUUUAAAAAUCUGAGAAGCUGCCACAUAGGCUCCUUAGGAACAAAUCCUUACUCAAAGUUUGCAUCAACUUCUACACUUAAGGAAAAUGAUACUUUUGGUCUUCCGAGCAGAACUAACCAGCACCCCCUUCCGCUUCAUGAAAAGAACGUCGUUCGAGCCGAAAGUUCUUCUAAUAGAGCCACGUUAUUAUGUCCACCGGAUUCCAAGACAGCUCGGGGACGGCCUAGAAAUCAAUAUGGAGUUCCAAAUAUGGCGAUUAACUUGUGCAGAAACUUUCCUACACCAAUGAAUACGCAACAAACUGACAUACAAACUCAUACCUCAAAUGCAAACCCACAGCCUAGGUGUUCAGCAUUCCAUAAACCUGGCAGGGGCAGGCCUAGGAAAAAAACCAGUGCUCCUAACCUCCCUAUGAAUCAUAAUACAGAGAUCAACAACCAAACAAUUAACAGGCAACAGUCUAUUCCAACUGAAGUUUGCAGAUCAAGCGAAGUUGUUAAACGAUAUGUCCAUGGGCUUCAAGUACCGCAAAAUAGUGGCAGUCUUGGUCAAGACGAGUAUACGCCGGUCUCAACGCCUACACAUGCUCCCAACAAUCGAAAGACGCCAACAUGUCCAGUUUUUACACCUAUGGGCAAUUUGGAUUUUAAUAGCGACUCAGACAAUGACAGCGACUAUGACCCUUUUGCAACAUAUCUAUCCGAGGAUGAGUUAUUCUCGGAAGACGAAGAUUAUGAUGCUCCAUUCAUAAUUCAUGAUAAUGCUGCCGGCCAUUCUGAAGAAUAUUACGAUAUCGGAUCCCCUCUUAUUGAAUGCCGUUAUUGUAAAGCGAUGAUGUGGUAUCAAGAGAUAAUGCAUAAAAGUUCUCAUUCCGCCAACCCACAGUUUAUGAUGUGUUGUGGGAACGGGAAAGUUGAACUCCCACUGCUUAGAGAGCCUCCGGAAACCCUUGCAAAACUUUUGUUUGAUCACGAUAGUUUGGUUAGUCGCAAGUUCCAACAACAAAUCCGAGUAUACAACAUGAUGUUUGCAUUCACGUCACCAGGGGCAAAGGUUGACAAUCGAUUUAACAAUGGACGUGGGCCUCCAACACUAAGGAUACAAGGUCAAACAUGUCACCGAAUAGGAAGUUUGUUGCCUCCGCAAGGUCAAAAACCUAAGUUUGCUCAGUUAUAUAUUUAUGACACCGAAAAUGAAGUUGAAAAUCGAAUGCAUGGACUAAGGAACAAAGAAGAUUUUGAUUCAGAAGUUGUCAGUCGAUUAGCAAGCAUGCUGUAUAAAUUCAAUCCUCAUGCUAAAUGUUUUCAAAUGGCAAAACAAUGGUUAAAUAAUGGGGAAACACCAAAUUUAAAGCUACGACUCAUUUCCAUCCGAUCCACCGAUGGCAGGGUCUAUAAUCAACCAACCGUGUCUGAAGUGGCUGCUUUGGUUGUUGGUGAUAUUGACACCGCAGAAAUGAGGGAUAUCAUAAUGCAGACAAAGGGAGGAAGACUUCAAAGAAUCAACGAGCUUCAUGCCGCUUACAUGGCUUACCAGUAUCCUUUGAUAUUUCCUUAUGGUGAGGACGGUUAUAGACCUGAUGUUGCACAUAGAGACUUUCCCGUCAACGAAAACAGCAUAAGAAAUAGCUCACAAUACGCGAAUGGCUUGCCUUCCGCAUUCAAACAAGAAUCCGAGAAACUAGAAUGGCUACGUAAAAAUCAACCAAAGCUUCGAGUGUCAAAGUACAACUCUUUAGAGAAAGAGGGCGAUCAAAGUCAGGCGCCAGGAAUAAGCAUAGGUAAACGAGAUGUUUUGCCUUCUUCCUUUGUUGGCGGUCGUAGGUUUAUGGAUCAGUUGUACUAUGAUGGGAUGGCUAUAUGCAGUAAAGUCGGAUUUCCCAAUUUGUUUAUUACUUUUACAUGUAACCCAAAUUGGCCGGAGAUUCAAAGAGUUCUCGGACCUCUACAUUUGAAGCCUCAAGAUCGCCCGGAUGUCAUUUCAAGAGUUUUCAAAAUCAAAUUCGAUCAACUCCUUUCAGAUUUAACCAAAAAAGGCAUUCUUGGAAAAGUGCUUGCUUAUAUGUACACCAUUGAGUUCCAAAAGAGAGGAUUACCUCAUGCCCAUAUAUUGCUGUUUUUGCAUCCUUCAAACAAAUAUCCAACGCUCGAUGACAUUGACAAGAUCAUUAGUGCGGAAGUCCCCGACCCCAGAAGACACCCUCGGUUAUACAAUUUGGUAAAAUCUCACAUGGUCCAUGGUCCUUGUGGUUUGGCAAAUCUCAACUCACCUUGCAUGAAGGAUAACAAGUGCACCAAGUUUUAUCCUAAGAAAUUUUAG